UCGAAAUUUUUACCUCAAGUUGUGUUAUCGCGACUUUAUUUUAUAAUAUAAUUAUUAAAUGACUCCGAGAGCGGUACCUUUAUUUUGCCAUCGUUCGUGCACGUGACCGGCGAUCGAAACCGUCGACACGUUUGUUGGAUCGAUUUCCGUGUUCGAAUCGAAUUGUAUUUUUAGAUAAAAAACAAAUCAUGCGUUGCGCGACAAACCUUGCGAUUUUUUAAUUAUAUCUGUAUGUCCCCGAUGCUCGUUCCAUCAAUCUCGCAACAAUUUUUGAACUGAAAACCACUGAACUUAAACUUUUUGAACUUUUAAUAUAAAUUAAUAUAAAUGAUUGGAUUAUUUUUCGAAUUACGAUGAAAAAAUUAUUGUAAAUAAAAAUUCUAUUGUUAGCAAAAUUUUGUUCUCACAAACCUGAGAGUUUUAAUUUACCAUUGACGUGUCCCCUACACAUUCCGAAUUCGUAAAAUACCUAGCAGACGAAAAUUACCGGUUCGUUUUUUCGAGAUUCUAAGACCCUCGUGUCAUACAGACUGAACAUUGAUAAAAGAAGAAAAAGCAGACGAAAUUUCGUUGACUGAAAAAUAAUAAACGUGAUCAAAUCCAGACGGGUAUACUCAGAGAUGAAUUGAGGAUGUUGGUACUGAUACACUGCACUCAGUAAUCUUUGUCAGUCAAGGCCCAAUUGUCAUUGGAGUAAGGAAUAAAUAUCAAGAAAUUAUUCAGUAAUUUUUAAUUUUUCAAGAUGAUGAGACCAAACAUUACUAUUCUGUAUGGCAGUGAGACCGGAACUGCACAAGACAUUGCUGAGCAGAUUUGGAAGCGUUCCAAAAGAUAUGGUUUAAAGAGCACUGUUGAUGCCAUGGAUGAUUACAAUAUUGGAAGGCUUGAAAAUGACAACGUCCUAUUGGCUGUUGUCUCUACUGCUGGACAAGGAGAUAUGCCAAUGAAUAUGAAGAAUUUUUGGAGAUUUUUGCUACGUAAAAGUCUUCCAAAUAAUCUAUUAAGUCAUUUAAAAUAUUCAGUAUUGGGACUUGGAGAUAGUUCUUUUGAAAAAUUUAAUUUUGCUGCUAAGAAAUUAAACAAACGAUUGGGACAACUUGGUGCUACAGAAAUUGUUCCAAUUGGCUUGGCUGACGAUCAACAUGAUUUAGGUAUUGAUGCCGUAUUUGGUACUUGGUUAGAUGGAGUUUUCAAUGAAAUAGCUCAGCGAUAUGGUAUUCCAAAAGAAAAUAUAAUAGGAGAAAAUGAAAUCAUUCAAAAAUUUAACAUCAAUAUUUUAGAAAAUGAGAAAAUUUUAACCGAUACAAAAAAGGAUAUUUAUCUCUAUGAAGCACAAACAAAUAAAUUACUCAUUCCUAGUCAAGUUAUCGAAAAUAUAAGGACAACCACUCCUAAUCAUUUUCAAGAUGUAAGACUGAUAAAAUUUAAAGUUCCUGAAAUUAACUAUUCCCCCGGUGAUGUUUUGUACAUAAAAGCAAAAAAUUCUGAUGAACAAGUAAAUAAAUUCUUCAAAGUUUUAAAAAAUAAUGGUGUCGACAUAGAUCAAGAUGUUGUCUUGCAUAUUGAAGAAAAAGAAAUAAAAGUGCCCUUAGUUCUACAGCAAAAAUUGAGUUUGAAACAAAUCGCUCAGCAGUAUUGGGAUUUGAAUGUUAAACCAAAGCGAUCGGCCUUGCACACUCUUUCCAUGAUAAGUGAAAAUGAGUUAGAAAAGGAAAAAUUAUUAGAAUUCACAACUGCAGAAGGUCAAGAAGAGUUAUAUAAUUAUAUAAAUAGACCCAGAAGAAAUAUAAUCGAAGUUUUAAACGAUUUUCCUCACACAACAGCCAAGUUGAAUCUGAAAUUGCUAUUUGAAAUUAUGACCCCUAUUAAACCACGAGCAUAUAGCAUAGCAUCAAGUUUAAAACAUACUAAAAAUGAAUUACAUUUAUUGGUAGCAGUGACUACUUACAAAACGAAAUUGGUAGAACCUAGAUUUGGAUUAUGCUCGACCUGGCUGGCCACUUUAAAGCCAGAGGAUGAAGUUGUAUUUUGGACUGUAAAAGGGACCUUCAAAUUUGACUACACUAAACCGAUGAUCAUUGUAGGACCUGGAACUGGCAUAUCUCCAUUCAGAUCAUUAUUACUUGACAAAGCUGCCGUGGACGGUGAUUUGAGUUCAUGCCUUUUAUUCUUUGGCUGUAGAAACGAAAAACAUGAUUAUCAUUGCAAAGAAGAUUUUGAAAUUUUAGUAGAAAAACACAAAUUAAAACUAUUUUGUGCCUUCUCUAGAGAUCAACCUGAUAAAAUAUACGUUCAACACAUUAUCAAACAACAAAAGCAGUUAUGCUGGGAUUUCUUACAAAAAGAUGGUAAUAUCUACCUUGCAGGUGCAGAACCAGUUCGACUGUCUCCUGGCUGGGAAGGCACUGGCAAGACCGACGACGAGUUGAAUUUCAAAAACGUCACCAUGGAUCAGGCGAACCUCGAGCUGAAUCCGCCCAGAGACAGAUUAAACAUUGUGAUGUUCAUCAUGAUUCUGCACGGUGUCGGUGCCUUGAUGCCGUGGAACAUGUUUAUUUCCGCCCCUUCGUACUUCCAGGAACACAAACUGUCACCAAAAUCCACUGGAGAUAAUUCGACACAAAUGUAUGUUGAUUAUUUUAGUAAUGCAGUGACUUUCUCCGCCCAAGUGCCCAACGUCGUGUUCAACUGGUUGAACUUAUUUUUACCUCUAGCCGGUAACUUGACGACCCGUAUCGUCUAUGGUAUAUUCGCUCAAGUCGUCGUAUUUGUAUUCACGAUCGUAUUAGCAAUGAUCGAUAGCUCUUCUUGGGCUAAUAUAUUCUUCUGGAUCACAAUGGGAUCUGUUGUUAUUUUGAACAUCUCCAACGGAAUCUAUCAAAACUCCGUAUUCGGUAUGGCAGCUAAAUUACCUGGUAAAUACACUGGAUGUGUUGUUCUUGGUUCGAACAUCAGUGGAACCUUCACGUCCGUUAUGAUUCUCUUAACAACGUACUUCUCGCCAUCUCCUCGCACGUCGGCUAUUUAUUACUUUAUCACUGCGCUGUUUGUGCUGCUCGCCUGCUUUGACACGUACUUUGCACUGCCCAUCAACCGAUUCUACCGCUAUCACGAGUACUUGCAUGAAAAAGAGGCGUCUCAGAGAAAGACCAACCAACUCACCACUGGACGUCCUCCGUUGUGGGAAGUCUUCAAGCAAUGCGCUCUGCAGUGCUUCAACGUUUGGUUCAUCUUUUUCGUUACGCUCUCGGUGUUCCCGUCUGUCAUGAUGAAAGUCCAGUCUCCAAAUUAUGAAGUCGACUCACGUGAAGCGAAUUACUUCACACUUCUGUUUUGUUUCCUGAAUUUCAAUGUCACGGCUAUGAUUGGAAGUUUUCUCGCUUCCAUGUACAAAUGGCCGAGUAAGAAGUACCUCAUCGUUCCAGUUUUACUGCGAGUGGUAUUUAUCCCCCUUUUCCUUGUAUGCCGCUACAUGCCCAACAACAGAACCUUCAUUUUCAUUGAAAAUGAUUGGGCUUUCCUCUUCAUUGGUGCACUCAUGGGCCUGAGCAGUGGUUACUUCUCGUCCUGUGCCAUGACAUACUGUUCGACCACAGUCGAGCCGCGUUACGCGUCGACCGCCGGCAUGUUUGGCGCUGCCUUCCUGGUAACCGGUGUCUUUAGCGGAAUUCUCUUUUCAUUCGCCAUGCCCGUAAUUGCUGGGCUCCUCGGCUAGAUGGCAGUGACAUUUUUUUCAAAAUAAUCAAAAGAAAAAAACAAAAUCACCGAGCUUCGAUUAUAAAUGUGUACGAGCGUAAGUUUGUGAACAAUCAAUCUGCUUCAUCAAAGCAAUUUGUUGUAUAUUGUUUGGCUUAUCAUCAAAAUUACCAAACGUCUUCUGAAAAAUAUUUGAUCCAAAGAUGUUUUAUCUUUCUGUUUGGAUUUUGGACUGCUGAUAUGGAACUUUGUUUCUUUUCUUUUGAUAAGAUUAAUGUGUGUAAAUGAAAAAAUUAGUUUAAGUCAAUUUUUAAUAAAAUAACUCAGCCCUAAUGGUAAUGUUAAUGCUUAUUGUAAGCGAUAAAUGUUGCGCUUAUCAAUGUGUUGCAAUUUUUAUACUUUUAAGUUAAAAAUUGAAUGUUCAUAAUUAUGUUGAUUCUCGAUCGCGCAAAACUCUAAACGAUUGGCUUUAUUUCAUACUGACAAAUACUGUGGAGCGCAGGUCGUUAAGAUUUUAUCAGUUUAAAAUGGGUAUACUAUUUUAAUGUAUACGCAUGAAAUGUAUCACUCAUCCUUGUUUAAAUGAAUUGUAAUUAAAAUUUGGGCUUGACUGUCAUUAUAGAAAUGCUAGAUAUCGAUUAAAGCAGGGAAUUUAUAGUGUAAUAAUAUUAUAUGAAAUGUACACGUUGUUAUACAUUUUUAUACUAUCGUUUUCAAUUAUAUAAAUUUUGCAAUUAGAUGGCAAUUGUAUAGAAGUACAAGUGCACGAAAUCUCGUUAAUUUUAUUCUCUGAUUGGUAAGAUGAUUACUUAACUACCGCAUUUUAUCAUAUUCGUGUAUACAUAAUGCAAUCUCGCAAUAUGUGAUUUUAAGAUCACAUGAAAAUCGAAUGUUUAGUAUUUAAGUUGCGUAGUUAUUCAUUUUGUUAUUAAACAAUAUUUACGACUUACAAAACCCACUAAGUGUUCUCUUUUAUAUUAUUAAUAUCUAUAAUAUUUAUUAUAAAUUUAAUUGUAAAGUAAACCUAUUUUGAAUUUGAAAUAUUUUGCGUUAAACAAUAUUUUCAAAUUCAAUACUUGCAUUUUCUAUUAACAUGUAAAGCUGUCGUAUUUAAAUUUGUAUUUUUAUCUAUUGGGUUUUUUUAAUAUCCUGAAUAAAAAUAACUAUUAAUACUGCGCGAAUCGCUUCCAACAAUUUUAUGAAAUAUACUAUAGUAUUUUUAAUAUUGUAUGAUUUCUACGUUUUAUAUGCUAUCGAUAAAUAUAUUAUUGAAAAAAAUACAAAAACUAUUAAUAUUAUUGUUAGUGAAUUUUAUUCAAAUUAUUUUAGAA